UGGCCUGUGGCCCUUUAAAUCGUGCUAGUAUCCAGAGAUUCCUUUGUAGUGGAGACAGGGGGAGGUGAGCUGGGGGAGGCGAGAGGGAGGAGAGGGGAGGGAGGGAGGAGGAAAGAAGUCAGAGGGGGAGAGAGAGAGAGAGAGGGAGAGAGGCAGGCAGACAGGAGCAAGCGCCUCCAGCUGCUCCUGCUGAAGAAGGGGAGUGACUGAGAGGCUGGCAAGCGGAGGACAGGAUGCUUUAGUCGCCUCUGCUCACAGGACCCAGAACCAGGGAGAGACGCUAAAGGGUAGGGAGUCCCCCCAAAAGCCUUGAAGGCCCCCUGCACCAGCUCUGAGGGACACCCCAGGAGUUAGCAUCAGUGGGACUUGGCAGCUGCGAUCUCAACAAGGAGCAGCUGGAUGACUCAGUUUACCUCAGCCAGGCCUGCACCUGUCUCCUGCCGCUCCAUCCGCACACACUUCUGUACAAACCCUGGGUUCAAAGCUGCCCUGCUGGAGCAUAAACACCAGGAGGGCUGAGUCUGCAUAUAUCAUCUGUACUGCUUUAUGGCCAGCUCACAGGACAAGGGCUGGACGGGAAUACUGAAUCAAAAAUAUUAAGAGAGGAUCUACCCAGCAAUUUGUCAUUUUGCCAUGGCUGGCGAUUCUAGGAACGCUAUGAACCAGGACAUGGAGAUUGGAGUGACGCCCCGGGACCCCAAGAAGAUCCCCAAACAGGCCCGCGACGACACGCCCCUGGCCACGGACCGCACACGCCUGCUGGCCGAGGGCAAGAAGCCGCGCCAGCGCUAUAUGGAAAAGAGUGGCAAGUGCAACGUGCACCACGGCAACGUGCAGGAAACCUACCGCUACCUGAGCGACCUCUUCACUACACUGGUGGACCUCAAAUGGCGCUUCAACCUGCUCGUCUUCACCAUGGUCUACACCAUCACUUGGCUGUUUUUUGGCUUCAUUUGGUGGCUCAUUGCUUACAUCCGGGGCGAUCUGGACCACGUGGGCGACCACGAAUGGAUCCCUUGUGUGGAAAACCUCAGCGGCUUUGUGUCUGCUUUCCUGUUCUCCAUUGAGACCGAAACGACCAUCGGGUACGGCUUCAGGGUCAUUACGGAGAAGUGUCCGGAGGGCAUCGUCCUCCUCCUGGUGCAGGCCAUCCUGGGCUCCAUCGUCAACGCCUUCAUGGUGGGCUGCAUGUUUGUCAAGAUUAGCCAGCCCAAGAAGAGGGCAGAGACGCUCAUGUUCUCCAACCACGCCGUCAUCUCCAUGCGGGACGAGAAGCUGUGCCUCAUGUUCCGGGUGGGAGACCUCCGCAACUCACACAUCGUGGAGGCCUCCAUCCGUGCCAAGCUCAUCAAGUCGCGGCAAACCAAAGAGGGCGAGUUCAUCCCCCUGAACCAGACGGACAUUAACGUGGGCUUUGACACUGGGGACGACCGUCUCUUCCUGGUGUCCCCGCUCAUUAUUUCCCACGAGAUCAAUGAGAAGAGCCCUUUCUGGGAGAUGUCUCGGGCCCAGCUGCACCAGGAAGAGUUCGAAGUGGUGGUCAUUCUAGAAGGGAUGGUGGAAGCCACAGGCAUGACUUGCCAAGCACGAAGCUCUUACAUGGACACAGAGGUUCUCUGGGGCCACCGAUUUACUCCAGUCCUCACCCUGGAAAAGGGUUUCUAUGAAGUGGACUACAACACCUUCCAUGACACCUAUGAGACCAACACACCCAGCUGCUGUGCCAAGGAGCUGGCAGAAAUGAAGCGGGAAGGCCGGCUCCUCCAGUACCUGCCCAGCCCUCCCUUGCCCGGGGGUUGUGCUGAGACAGGGCAGGAUGUGGAAGUUGAGCAGGAUGAAGAGGAUGAGCCUGAUGGACUGAAUGGGUCCUGGAAGACCAGGGGCUCAGUCUGAGGACUGUAUGCUCUCCACAGCCUCCUUCACUAGCUUCCCUGAACACAGGUACUGCAGAGCCCAGAAAGGGUAGGGGAAUUAGCUGCAGUUGUAUUUGGAGGCAUGGGAGCUGUCAAGGACUUGUGGGAUGGAACCACAUAUCUAGCCCUCACAGCUUACAGCUUAUGGCUUCCUCAAGCAAGUGGCCUCCCAUCUGGUCCCUGGGCAGUGCUACCUCAUCUCCCAGCACUGGCUCAGGGACAGACCAGGAUGGAGUUCCCACAGUGAAAAUCACAGGGUGGCAUCUCUCUUCGUUCUGCCUGCUGGCCUCAGGUCACUUCCCUCCCUGGGUUUCACAGUCCUUUCCAGGGCUGACACCUAGAGAGGGCUGUCGGCCCGUCCCCCGCUCCUCCUAUCCUGAGGGCACUGUGAGUUCAGUGGAGAGUGGCUGAUGGGUGUUCAGACACACCUCUGGUGUGAGGACAAGCUCAUAGCACCCUGGUGGGUUAGGUGUCUGAGUCAUGGAGGCACUCCAUCCCUUUUAAAUAGGGGGCCAAGAGCCCUGUUCCUCUCUUAUUAUCUGCCAAGUUUGUGUGUUUCUCCUCUACUGUGUUCUGUGUGUGCACUGUGACCUACUGGGUAACUGGCCUCAUUCGCAUGAACCUGGACCACUGACCACCUCUUGAGGACAUUCGUGGUGGCCAUAACAACCACUCCCACUCACACUGUGCCCUUCACCUUCCUCCAAGGAAGAACCUCAGCAGCUGGGUUCUUGUAUGCCUUUUUUGGCCCAAGAACCUCAAAGUGCUUCUAAUCAUCACUGUAGUUUCUUUCACAAUCUCAGACAGUCUGUGAUAUGAUCCUGGGAUGAAGCUGGGUUUCAGAGAUCCAGAAGAGCCAGCUGGUACUGAGAGAGGCAGAGAGGAAAGGGAAGCAGAGAGAAAGAAAAGCAACAAAAAGUGUAAAAUAAGCAUCUACCCAACUUGUUACCCAGACACUCUGUGAACUCGAGGCCUGAUAUACCUUGGCCUUCAAGGGAAGAAAUAGGAUGUGAAGCGGAAGUGACAGGUGGCUGUAAAGGCAGCCUCCUCAUCAAGCCCCGAACUUUCAAACGGGUGCAGAGACUCUGGCAGCCAGGGCCAGGGAGGAUAGGGACAGGGCUGCCUCUCCACACUCAGGAAACAGAAAGCUGAGGAAGCAGCGGGGAGCACUGCAGAAGGGAGUGAAUGUUAUGAGAAAAGGAGUAGAGAGGAGCCUUACCAUGAACAGCUUCAGAGACUUUUCCAUUCUGGAAGAUGGGUAGUGCAGACUGUCAGGUCAGUGAAGCAUGUGUUGAGAAAGGCAGGUUUGUGCUCAGUUUGCCCAGGCUUGGCAACAGGGUCCACUUGUUCCCAGGUGCAGAAUUUUACAGGACCCCAGCACAGUGUCUCUGGCUCCCAACCGGCCUGUGAACGUGGAGCACUUUCCCUGGGAACCACGCUGAAAUGGAUAAAGGCAGAAGAAGGGAAGAACUUGCAGAGCUCAGGCCCAGUCCCCCUCAGUCCGGCUUUCUAAGUUCUAGGGCUAGUGAGAAGAAAGUGGCGUAGAUUAGGAACCCCACCUUGUGGGCUGCUCACACUGUGGCACUGGGGGUGGGGGUGGGGUUCCUCAUUCUUGGCACCUUUGCUGGCUUUUGAGAGGUGGGCUAGGACAGUGGUGGGCAGGCAAGCAUCUUCCUGUCAAGGGCAGGGUGCUGGGUGGUGGUUGCUGGAACCUGUAUUUGGUGGAGCAGGUCUUGCAGUAAAUGCAGAAUGGGCUGCAGUUCCCACCAAAAGAAACAGAAACAGCCAGCUGACUCCACCCCUGUGGGUGAGCUGCAUGCAGAGUCUAGGGGAGGGGCCUAUCACUGAGCCUGGAUGCCUGUUGAGGGGAGAGGCUGCCACUGAACUCCCCAGUGGAACUGGCACUCCCCCGGCUCUCCAGAUCCCAGCCCUAUACAUAGGACUCUUCCCACAUCCCCGAGUCAGAUGCCUGUUGGAUGUGAAGAUUCUUAUGCAGGACUGGUUAGUGCCCUCAGGACCCAGCCCACAUAGCCAGACAAGGGUGGGCAGCCACAGAGGAAGCUGGUUUGUGGCUGGACAGUGACCUGGCUCCUGUUUCAUAUCUGCCUCCAUUUACAGUUCUGACAUACCCCCCAAUUGGCCAAAUGAGUUUCUCUCUAGUUCUCUACUUCUUUGUCAGGGCCUCUAUAAGCCAGGGCCAAGUCUCACCUCUCCACCGGCUGUAGAAGCUGUCAAAGACAAGGGGAUCAAUAUGACCCUAUCCUAAAUCUCCCCAAUAGGCCAGAGCUAUGUUCACUGGAAUUGGUGAAAUACUAAUCCCAAUGUGCUCCUUCUGGUUUCCAUCAUGGCAACCUAAAUGUAAGAGGACUGUCUUUCAUAUCCCAAGGAACUAAAGUUUGAAAUUUUCUUCAAAUCAUUUUCUGGACAUUAUUAAAUAAACAUAGACUUAUUAAAUACAAAGUCUGAUGAUGGCCAGGAUUUCAGUGGAUCACUUCCAAAUUACUGCUCCUCAUGCAAGCCACUUGUAGUUCAUGGCCUUUCUUACCUGGCUCUGAGCCCACAUCGCCACUGAUAGGAGAUAGAGAACUGAACCAGGCCUUAAGGUAGUGUCACUGGUGACUCCCUCAGCCCUCAGCAUCUGCAGAAUCCCAAAGUGAUAGCUCACCUGUUAGACCCUGACCAUCUAAAGAGAGGAAUUCCUCCCUUAAUCCCCAUGUUCUUCCUCUCUGGAGACAUCUAUAAGGGACAAGUCCAAGGCAACUCAGAAGCAGAUAAGCUCCCACUGGUACUGUCUUCUCUUUCACCAUGUUGACACCACUAUCCACAGGAUCCCACUCCCAAGCCAGGGCAGAAAAGGCUUCGCCCACCCUUUGUCCUUCAGAUGCUGCUGCCACUUGCCUCCUACACAAAUAGGGAAGCGUAUGAAGCCCUGGCUCCAUCCAGCAUUUGACCUUGAUGGAGGAGAAGAAGCCCUGUCUGUCUGUGCAGCACCUUCCCUGCUGGGCCCCCUCACUCACAGUCCUUACCCAUGGCCUGCCUUUCAACUUGCCUCAACCUUACAUCUUGUGUGAGGUCUCACCCACAGAUACUUAAAUCGCUUCUAUUAAAGUUGCCAAAAAAUC